AUGGAUGACUCCCAGUGGUCGAGCCUGGAGAACUUAAUUAAAGAAUUUGAUGAACCAGAAGACAUAGUCAAUGAAAAGAUAUUUACCAGACAUCUUACAAGUGAAGAAUAUGAAGAAAAUAUCAAAUCAGAUACUGAGAGAGAAAUACAGAGGUUAGUGAAAUACAUUGACAGUCAUCCAGAAUCAUACAGGAAAGUUUUACGUAAGAGAAGAAUGGAAGAAAUAGAAAAUGCUGGUUUUUUCUCCAAUUUGAAGUUAAAGCUAUUACGAUGGCUACAUGGAGAUAACUGUCCUAACUGUAUAGUAAAUAUAGACGAAUCAACAACCAAAUUAAACAAUUUAAAACAAGGAAUGGAAAAAGCCUUUAAGUAUUCUACCAGUGUGCAACAUAAAAUGAAAUCUGCAAAGUCAAAGUCCUCACCCAACUUAUUAAACCAGACACAUUACUCUACACCAUGUUGUACUCCUCACACCAGAAAAAAACCCAGACUGAGUUGUGGAAGUCCAGCAAAUUAUUCUCCUUAUGUACAGAUUAGUCUGGCUGAUUUACCAGUGGUUCAGAAUGAGAGUAAGGAAGAUGAAAGGGUGCCCCUUCCACCUCCUCCCCCACCUCUACCAUCAUCAUUCUUUACACAACAACAAAGAGCUGCUCAAUUACAGAUGUCACAUCCUCCCCUGCCAGCCACGCCUCAGACUAAUGAAGUAUUAUAUUGUAUCUAUGAUGAACAAGAGAAUAAAGAACCUAAUAGUGAUGAUAUCAAAAUAGAUGAUGUUACUAUGUCAAUCAGACCAGACUCUAGUAAUGAUUUUUUAACACCAAAGAAUGUAUGUGUAAGAAAGCGAAGGAGAAGAACCAGAUUAUCAAGGUCUCCAUCGAAACCUAGUUCUAAUCUUUUGUCAGAUUUACAGUCAGCUAAUCCUCUGACUAGACUUAAAGCUACAACUGUUAUUAGAUCCCCAGGUGGAACUCCAGCCAAAUCAAAUGAAGGAACCUCAGAUGCACCCUUACAGAAAGCUCUUUUAAUAGCUUUUAAAAAGAAAUUUCGUAAUGUGAGAACACCAAAUUCAACCAGCUCAUCACCUCGUAUUAAUAGCUCAGGAUUUUCACCCAGGUUACGUUUAUCUCCUGCUCAUUUUGAUUGCUGA